AUGAACGGGAGCGCCGAGGACGUGGAGGCGGCCGCUCUUUUGUGCGAACUGCGAGCGAGCCCAGUGGUGCAUACGGGAUCACUGUAUCCUGCACCACGGGCUGCGAUAUCAUCCCAUGUACACGUACGAAACGAAGUUCGAUUGCCCUCGCCGCACGAGAUAUUUGGACGGGAAUGGAACUCGGGAGAGAGACGGGGAUCGCCUCUUGCACCGGCUGCGAAACGAAAACGAGAUGGAGAGACGUUUGAGGCCUGGCCUAAUCAACGCCGACAUCGACCGCCCGACGAAGAGACAGACGCUCCGGCACCGCCCCCGCCACCACCACCAGUACCCGCACCUCACCAACCCCAGCGUCGUGGUUAUCUAAGCAUGUCUGCGCUGGGUGUACUCGAAGCACCUCCUCCGCCCCAGCCACGCACCCCGAGCGAGUUGCAUGCGCCGUCUGACCUGCGUUCUACCGAUACUCGCCAACACCGCCCCCCCGACUUGCGCCUUCCCACCGAGUCAUUUGUCUUUUCUAAUCCCCAGGCCGCCCUCUCCCCCUAUCCAUCGAGUGCGCUGGGGCUAGGCACUCCCACGGGUGGCCUGGGCUUGGUCUCAACCGCAGCCGACUUCUGCGCGCACCAAACGGCCUGGCCCAUCCAAGGCUAUUUCAGAACCAGCUCGGCCUUGUUUACAAGAGAGCCUGUUGCGCCCAAACCACGACCCGAACCCAUCGAGAUCGAGGACUCGCCCGAACCCGAGGAGAGGCCACGGAAACCACUCGAACCAUCCAUCGACACUGCCAUUCCCGAAUUCCGCCCCCUCCCCGGCUUCCGCACCCGCCCCACCGAAACUUCCCGCCCGACAUCAGAACUUAUCCGAGCUCCCGACCUUGUUCGUUCUUCUUCCCGCCCCGCUCCCCUGGAUCUGAAUCGAGCAAUGGACCACCCCAUUCGCACUCUCCCCGACCGUGCCCCCGACUCCGCACGCCGAUUACCUCAUCAGUCUACUCGCAUGUUGGUCGAUUCAGCCCGGUCUGUUGACCACGCUCCCCGGACACCUUUGGAGCCUGUACCCAGGACACCCUCAGAAUCCAUUCCCCGCACCCCUCUCGAACCUAUCCCUCGUUCUCUGGCCGAGACCAUGGCUCCAAGAACGCCGUCGGAUUACGCCUUUGUCCGAGCCGUGAAUGAUCCCCCAAAGAGGACAUGGCACGAACAGUCGGUCAUGCAUGACGAUGUGCGGAGAUUACAUGAAGACCCGAGGCGAGUCAGAGAGGACGUCAGAGCAUACGAGGAGCCUAGGAGGUUUGGGAGGACACCAGGGACAGGCUAUGAGCCUCCACGAGAGCCACGGAGGGUCUGGGAGGACCCGAGCCCGGUAAGGACAUUGGGUGCCUAUGGAGAAUCGUCUAGGACAUACGCAGAGCCAAUUCGGGGUUAUGGGGAGUCUUCUAGGCCUUAUGGAGAAUCUUCCAGGACGUAUGCCGAGUCCCCGAGGGCCUACACCGAGUCUUCAAGGUCGUAUGUCGAACCGACCAAGGCAUACGAAUUCCCGCCUCGCACAUCCUUGGAAACACUCCCGAGGAUUCAUGACCUCCCUCGCGGACUACCCGAAAUCCGACCGGCCGAUUUCACACCGCGCUCACUUCCCGACCUUGCUCCACGCACACCUUCCGAUCUUCCCUCGCGCUCGCUGGUCGACCUGCCACCUCCACCACACACACCGUCCGAACUCCCACCGCAUACGCCUUCUCGCGCCUUUCACGAAUAUCCAUUCGGAGACCGCUCGCGGGCGCCAUCCGACGCAUCCCGCAUGUCUCGAGAGUCUCCUGAAUUUCAUCGCUUCCCAUUGUCAAGAGACGCCCCCCGAGAGCUCUACGAGCGGGCGAGGGCGCAGUCUGAUACCUAUGAACGACCGCGCGCGCCGUCCGAUCUAUCACCCGAAAUGGUCCGGGACCCAUCGUCGGUUCCGCCCCGGACCCCAUCAGACGCGGCUUCCAGACAAUCUUCAGACUUUGCCUCGCAAACCGGCCAAUCCGAUCUCCCUCCCCCCUUGCCCGAAUACGCAUCCCGCUCUGGAAGUGCACCCGAAUUCGCACGUCCGGCCGCCGACGUGGGGAUACACAAGCCGCGCGCGCCCCAAGAAUUUCAAACCGAUACCGAACCGCCCUCGAGUCCGCUGUCGGACGAAAACGAGACGGCUGAUGAAGACGAGCGAUCACGGCCCGAGGUUGUUUCUCCUGCGAUGCCGACGGUUGGGAUCAGGCACGAGUCCCCGGUCGUUGCGAGGCGAGACCGAGAUUUACCUGGGUCGAUGGUGGUUGGGCGUGAAUCGCCUGUGCCCAUGGUUCGUGGUUCGCCGAUAUUGAUGAGGCGCGAGUCGUUGGUCGUAGCUAGGGAAGAAUCGCCGGUUGUCGCCAGGAACGAGACUCCCGCUGCGACCAAGGAUGAACCCCCAGCUGUGACUAGGAGCAGAUCACCCGUUACGACCCAAUAUGAGCCCCAGCCCGUUUACGACGCCCAUCUCCCAGUGUUUUCCGGCGCGUGCCUCUGCCCAUUCAACGCGAGCCACCAACCCCGAUUCGAGCGGAACCUUCAACGCCCAUUCGACCCGAUCCACCCAGUCCCCGAACGGACUUCCCACAACCCAUGCGCAUCGAUCCUUCGUCCCCCCGACAUGAUUUCAACUCUUCUCCGAGCUACAAUGACUUCUGCGAACAACCCUACCCGACCCGACUUGAUCUCCACAUCCUCCCGACCCGAACCUCCAACACCCCGACUCGAGCUUUCCACAUCUUCCCGACUCGACCUCUCAACAACAACGCUCUCCCGACCCGAACCUCCGACCCCCUCGCGACCCGAACCCCCCACGCCCUCGCGACUCGAAGCGCUCGCGCAUGUCGCGCAUGGAGAUAUGAACAUUUACCCUGUGAAUGCUCCUCCCCUUGCGCCCAAGACGGUCCAUCCGACAGCUCCUACACGAAAACCGACGCUCAUCGGGACAGGGAAAGCGGGGACCAAGAUGAGGCCCAAGCCUAAACCAGGACCCGGACCAGAGCAUGAACACGAGCACGAGCAUGAGCACGAGCACGAGCAUGAACAUGGACAUGAGCCCGAACCCGAGCCCGAACCUGAACUCGACCUUGGUGCAGGACCCAGAGCUGGGGCGCUCGAUGCCGACACGGAGCAAAUACGGUGCAAGUGUGGUUCGACCAAGGACGAUCGUGGACCGACGGUAUGCUGCGAUGGGUGUGGGAACUGGCAGCAUCUUAGGUGUUAUGAUGUGUUGGAUAGCGCAGAGGUCACUGGGAAAAGCUGGAUGUGUGGGUUGUGUGGGAAGGAAAAGGAGGCAGAUAAGGAUAAAGACAAGGAUGAGGAUAAGGAUGGGAUGGACUGGGAACGCACGAGCGAGGCUGGAGAAACGGAUGGAAAGAACGGGGUGGACAUCGAGAUGGAAGGCGCGUCGACGGCGGAUGAAAAGGACAAGGACAAGGGCAAGGAACCUGCCGGGACUGUGGCCAAGGUGCGUGGUGUGGGAUUGUCAUGCGACGAUAGUUACAUGUAUCUGCAGAAAAAGGAACCUACGGGCAAACCCAAGGCGGGUCCUGGGUCUGCCUCCAAGCCAAGCUCCGGCGCCCGGCCCAACCACAAGAUUCCGAAAUCGAGCGCGACCCCGUUGUUCACUACGUCCAAGCCCGUGGCAGCGACAGUCCGCACCAUUACUGCUCCGCCCAAGAAAACGGCCAGCUCAUCGACCAGGAUGGCGCACAGGUCGCCCCGCGGUCCGAAUCCCCGCAUGUUGCAUGCGGGCGUCGCAACCAAGAACGGGGCCGGCUCUCUUCCUCGCUCCACUGAUCCGAGUCCUCGUGCGCGCGCAAAGCCGCUUAGUCCGGUUCCUACGCCCCCUGCCCCGCGAUCUCCGCGCGCCUCGUCGCCAAUGGUACCAGAAUCGGUCGUCAAGCCUGCUGUUACCGUCGAAGACCACAAAGGCAGCUCGGGUGCUCAAGUCGAGCUAGGCACGCCGAAACUCAAGUCCGAGGCUGCGCCUUCUCCUCUCCCGCUGCGUACUGCUCUGCCCCCCUCUUCACCGAGGCCGCCCACCCCACCCGCUCCAUCACCCCCUAAACCGACCGUGCCAACAAACGAUGUGGACGACGACGAUAUCAAUGCUGCGCACUGGGCGACCGAGUACGAUCAUAUUAGCUCCAACAUUGUCGAUGCUUCCCUGCGCGAGAGAUUGAGAACUUUUGGACGAGAGCAACUGGCCAAGCGGGUCGAAUCCAAAUCCGAGGCCGUACCUCCCCUGACGCCAUUCACAUCUUCCGAACCUGUAUUUUUGGCGUCGAGCCAGCAAAAACCCCACGUUCGCGUCAAGGAGAUCAAGCCACCGCCCAACCAGCACAGUCCAACCUAUGGAGUGAUUGCCACCGGGACGAUAUCCAAGGGGUCCCUUGUUCUCGAGUACCGCUGCGCGUUGUCGGAUGCGCACGCAUACAUCUCGAACAAGGCGCAUCAGUACGCGCUCCUCGGUACUGGAACUAAAUACGUUCGUCUCGUCCCUUCUCCUUUGGACAUUUGCCUUGAUGCGCGCGUAAUGGGCAACGAGGGUCGAUUUGUGCGCUGUGGGUGCUGGCCUAACGCUGUUGUGCGCCCCUUUAUCUGUGUCGAGGGCGAAAAUGAGGAGCCUGAAGCCCGGUUUGGUGUGUUUGCGCUGCGGCAACUGGAGUUGGGAGAGGAAGUGAUAUUGGGAUGGGAAUGGGCCGUGGAACAUGUGGUACACAAAUUGGUUAGGGACGAAAAGUUGGGACCCUUACCAGAGGACGAGGACGUGCUCAGUGAUUCGGAUAACAAACGGCUUUGGGACAUUCUCGACCUCCUUCGUUCACUUUCGAUGACCUGUGCUUGCAAGCCUGAUGCGUCCAAUUGUGCUCUGACGUUUGGUCGGAUGCUACUGGAGGACGUCGAUGCGUCUGGUCAUGCACACGACCUUGGACCUCUGGUCGGAUACAAGCGACACGACAACGGCUUUGACCCUACGAUCCACGCGGUUUCGAGCAAGACGCGUCGUGGCCGAAAGAGCGCCGCUCGAGAUCGUAAGCUUCGCCAAUCGGCCAUUCGACCUCCUUCGCCCCCGCCUAAAGCUCCAACCCCUCCUCCAAAGGAACCGACACCGCCUGUCGUCAGAGAACCAACCCCUCCCCGAGAGCCAACCCCGCCUAUCGCCAAGGAAUCAAUUCAGCCACCCCCGGCCAGGGAACAAACUCCUCCACAAGUGCGUUCCCCAUCCCCUUCCAAGCGUGUGUCAGGCAAACUCUCGGGCGCGUCUUCACCCCUAAGCGAGCUCUCGGAAGUGGAUCAUGAAGCAGGCGAGGAAUCUCCCGAGCGUGGCCGUCCUACUGUUAUUCCAGGGCGUGGCAAGCACCCACGUCGGAUUGAAUCUUCGUCUCCAGAUGACGAGGCUCGUGGCCCAUCGACGAACAAGGUCGAGUCACCAAGCCAAUCAAAGUCAGGGGCCAACGGAGGCGAGGAAGCAUCAGCGUCAGCGAACGAUAAGCAAGAGGCGGAGAUUGGCAUCAAGGUCCCAGAUUUGCCUGUUGAAAGGGUUGCGUCCAAGCCAGCGGCAGCAGAACAAUCUAGUACGGAGUUGUUGACUGAUUGUGCUGGGCUGACGAGUCAACCAGCUUCCCCAAAGAUAGAGCAUGAAUCCAUUGAUGCAGGAGAAGCCGGCAGCGAGCAAGCAACCCAGGAGGCCCAUGAUCACGACGAGGCUCCUAAGAAGAUGUCAUUUCUCGACUGGGCACGAAGGCGCCGCGCCACCCAGGCAGCGGAUACCAAGGACAUGCUCCCACAGUUCUCUCACGAACUGGACACUCACCACGAAUUACCCCCGAUUGAGGCUUCGACCCGUGACUUCACAUCUCUCAAACUCUCUGGUGUUCCCAAACCUGCUUCUGUCGCAUCGAUCGAAUCGGCUUCCCACCCAACGGUCGAUCAACAGAGGGAUCAGCCACUGCUGGACCGCCUCCCUCCAUUCGAGCCGACAUCUAUCUCUAUCACUCGUGCCCCACCAAACUCCGAGGUCGUCUCCGCAGACAUUGCCAUGCAAGAUGCCCCACCACUCUCUGCCCUAACCUCGGCUCAGGACCAUGUUACCGACGAAACAGGUACCCACGUACAAGUUUCCGAGCCUCGUUCGUCCGCCGGCGAGUCUCAAACUACUAUUCCAGACCCACCCGAGACCAUGGACAUUGACCUUGUUGCGUCGUUAUCCGAUAUUCCAAACUCAGUCCUCCCCUCCUCUUUGCCAACAGAUUCGGAGCAGCCUACUCUGCCUUUUAUGACUCCAUCGACCGCUCCCGUAGCUCUCGAAUUUCAGACCAGCAGCUCUGUAGAUCUCGACUCGAACAAGGACGCGAAUAACACGGAUGUCUUGCCACCAAAGCCCAUGGCCGCAGACGAUCUCACUCUGAUGGGAAACAAUUCAGCUCCUUCCAAAGACCAUGUGCAACAUUCUAGCCAAUCAUCCCCAGCACGGACCGCUCGUGUCUCUACCGAUGCGCCCGAAGAAGGCGAGAUCACAGCUCCACGUGCGCCAGUCCCUUCGCACACCCCCGUCAAUGGAUCCCCUGGUACUAUCGCUCACCCCCUGCCACCGUCCGGCCCCAGAAACCAAGUACCUCCCACACAACCACGCAAAUUCCCAGUUGGACAAGCAUCUCCAUCGGGCUCGAGCAGCUCUGUGCGCAGCGGCCCACCUUAUAGCCGACCCCCUCCGUCAGGCCCUUCGCGCGGCUUGAAUGUCUCUCCAAGAGCACCUCCAUCGGCUCCUCGGGCGGAUAGGCGGCCAUAUAAUCCUUCUCCUCCAACAGGGCCACGGGACCCACGAGAUCGAGACCGCGAGCGUGAGCGUGAGCGCGACAGAGACUGGGAACGCGACCGAGAUCGAGACCGAGAACGUGACCGUGAUGCGCGAGGUCGUGGACGUGGCUUUGGUCCUCCUCGUGGUCCUUCUGCCGGACCCUGGAGAGGCUCGCGCGGCCGUGGGCUGGGCAGUCGUGGCAAUUGGCGUUGA